GAACUCUGAACGGUGUAAUCCAGGUGGUUAUAUAUGUUUAAGCCUAUAUCUCUAUAACUUAUGGACGUAUGUUAUCUUAUCAAUUGAUCCUUAAUGGGAAGGUAUAUUGUUAAAUGUUAGACGAGGUUUGUGUAAAAUUGCAAAAUGAAUACGCUGAGGUUUUAUUUUGUGACCUGGAAUGUUGCAACUAAGAAUCCAAGUCAAGACCUUAAUGCACUAUUGGAUUUUCCAUCGCAGUUUAAUAAACACAAACCAUUACCAGAUUUUUAUGUUAUUGGGUUACAAGAAGUAAAGUCACAACCACAAAACAUGGUUAUGGACAGCAUAUUCACAGACCAGUGGACAUCAACUUUUAAUAAAAUUCUGUGCAGACAAGGAUUUGUGAUUGCUAAAAGUAUGCGGUUGCAAGGCAUCGUUAUACUUGUUUAUACACAAAUGAAACAUGUCACACGUCUAAGGGAUAUACAGGCUCAGUAUACUAAGACUGGUUUUGGUGGAUUAUGGGGUAACAAAGGCGCUGUUAGUGUAAGAUUUAAUUUAUAUGGGUGUUCGUUUUGCCUUGUAAAUUGUCAUUUGGCAGCCCACGAACAUUGCCUGUCCGAUAGAAUCACCUCUUGCAAUACUAUUUUACAAGAACAUACAUACGACCUCCAGGAGACAUCAAAUAUAUUGUAUCACGACUAUGUAUUUUGGAUAGGUGAUCUAAAUUUCCGCCUGGAAUAUCCACCUGAGAUCAGUCUCACACCAGAGGAAAUAGUUGAACAAUUGCAGAAAAUUGAAAAAGACAAAUACGCAUCGUUAUUAAAAUACGAUCAGUUGUUUGCGGUGAAGGACAGUGGUGAAGCGUUGUCGGAGUUUACUGAGGGAGAGAUUCAGUUCCCGCCGACAUAUAAGUAUGUUAUUAACACAUAUGAAUAUGACCUGAAGAGAAAGCCGUCAUGGACAGACCGAGUGUUAUAUAAGGUUAAUGCGGAUAAUUACGAAAAUAUAACUUUGAGAGCGGAUCUUAUAUCAUAUAAUCACGUACCACAUUACAUGGUUAGUGACCAUAAGCCAGUGGUAGCACAAUUUAAUGUAAAGGUACGUCAAACAUUCCCUCGCACGGUGCUAGCUGAAGAACCUGACACCAAAGUGUCAAGGUCGUCUAUACGCAUGCGUUCAGCUUUAGUAAUGCCCAUGAAUGAUGAUGCUGGUGAUUUAGAAACUCCGAUGGAUCCCAUAGAAGAGUCGGAUGCAGAAUUUGAGCCCAGCUGUACAUCGGAUGUAGUCGAUGCCGCGGAUGAGAGUUUUGCGGACUACACGGAGAAAAUCGUGGAAUUUGCGCCAAUAUCUCGUAUAUGGUACAUCGGUGAUGCGGACUUUAGGACGGAGUGUACCUUGUCUCAUGACGUCGAGAUCAACCAGGGUGAUUGGAUUGGUAUCUUUGAUGCGAAUUUCCAUAGUCUAGACGACUAUAUAACAUAUGACUAUGUGAGCAAGGUGGGUAUUCAAGAAUCGCCUCACGUUGAUGGAGAGGCUCGUACUGUGACGUUGAGUUUUCCCGUUGGCAGUGGGGUUAGAACUCCGGGAUUCUACAGAUUCAUAUACUUCAGCCAACCGAGUAAUGAAGUCAAGAGUGUUUUAGGCAUCUCCGAUCCCUUCGAAGUGAGCAGCAAGGAAGACCAAAUGGUUUCCAUAGACCCAUGCUCAGAGGCGUCCGGUAGUACAUCUAAUCCGAUGUCGGUAAACACGGACGUGUUCACAGAUUUCACAGGCCUCGACGUGGCAAAGCUUUCCCGCCAUUUCUCAAACGACCUGAGCAUUGACUGACUAAAAACAUAUCUGUCACCCACAUCGAGACGCAAGAACGGGGACGGGUGAGAAUAUUUUUUUUUAUUUCCAGUUUAAUUUGGUCUAUUAAUGUAUAAGCGAUUCUUAUGUAUUGCCAAUUAGUUUGCCAUAUUGGAUAAUUCAAACUGUUGUAUAUAUGUGCACUAAUCCGUGUAUAGUCUCGUGUUUAAUUAAAACCUAGUUUCAGGAGCAAAGGGCUCAAGGGCUGCUUUAUUUAAAAUGACAAGCGCUUUUAAAAUAUUUAUGUUUAUAAGUAUACAUGACUAGAGAUUUUAUGACUACGUUACCAAAAUGUGAUUUUAUUGAAAAAUAUGAAAUUUCUUAUCGCUUUUACGUGCUUGACCUCUUAUUUAUAAAAAAACUAAAAAGCCUAAUAACCUUUUUUUUUUGAUAAAUGUAUUACGUCAUAUAUCAAAGUCAUAGUACUUUUAAAGUUUGUAUCUCCUUGUACAAUAAUACAUGCGGUAAAGGUUAACUGUAAGGGUCUAUGGUAUUAAAUAUAUAGGAUAAAGGUUGGUACGUACGCGUACGAGUUUUUAAGUGUAUGCGUACGUUACACGUAUGCGUUUUACGCGUCCCAUACGUAUAUGCGUAUGCUAUACGCAUAUACGCGUAUGGGACGCGUAUUUGCGUAUGUAUUUUUAAUUGGAAUAGAAGUGAUUAGAUUUUGGGUAAAGUUAUACAUAGAUUUUGAUUAUAUAGCUAAAAGUACUAAUUAUUCACGAUUUUUAGCUUAAUCGUUGCUUAGCCUUGACUCUUUUUAUGAGCUUACAAUAGAUAGAGAUGGAAAUAUUUUGUGCUGUAGGAGCACAAUUUAGACAAUAAAAGACGUACUUACUUUGCGUACUUAUAGUUAGAGUACCUGAUAUUAUUUCGGAUUUAAACAUGUAUAAAUACCUUUUACUUUUACUCGUAAAGUUAAUUUAAACCCGACGAAAUUUUAACAUAUUAAAAAAUAACUGAAUUAAGGUGAUAUAAUAUUAAUUAUAUCUGUUUAUUGUAUGCAUAGUAGAAAUAAAUCGUGAAACUUAAGUGGGAAUACAAACAAUAGCACUCUUCUUUGUCUUUUUCAAUACAGAAAUCAUAAACUACAAACUAAAGAAGAUACAAUACUUAUAAGUGCAAAAAAUUUAUUAACCGACAUUUGUCUCCCCACUUAAAGGUUUUUGCCUAUAAAAGUGCAAUAUAAAAAACUUAUAUACAAAUUAGUCUUAGCUCUCUAGUUAAUUCGUUGCUGAAAUCCCACCUUUAUGUCACAAAAAGAGAGAUAUUUACUCAAAACUUGUUCCAUUAUUCAUAAACGUAAACAUAUGAUUUGUCUCUAUCGCUCGUAUCAAUUUGCAAAAAAUUGAAAGAGACGAAAGCAUUUUCGAAGUGUACGUUCAUGAAUAAGGCUGUAAUAAGAGACUUAAGUGCAAAAGAGAAAACGUACUAAAUGUUUUGUCUCUAUCACACUCGUAUUUUUUCUAUAUAAAUAAGAGACGAAACUAUCUUUGAGGUGUACGUUUAUGAAUAAGGCUGUAAUAAGAGGCUUAGUGAAAAGAGAAAACGUACUAAAUACAUCAUGUUUUGUCUCUAUCACACUCGUAUCACUUUGUAAAUAAAUAAAAGAGACGAAACCAUAGUUGAGGUGUACGUUUAUGAAUAAGGCUGUUCUGAGAGAGAUUGUCUAAACAAAAAAAAUGACAAUUGAACAUUUAUUGGAACAGUUCAUUGAUUAUAAAUCGUUUUACAUUGUCGAUACUUGAUUUAAAGUCCUAUCCCCCUGUGGGGCAAAGGCCAUCCAGCGUGCGCUGAUCGAUCUUAGACAUGUCUUCUGACUUCACUCCAGGUCAUUCCAGCUUUCACCAGAUGCUUUCUUGCCAGGCUGUUUGUUUGGGCGGCCAAUUUUUUGGGGAUUCCAGUCGAGGCCUUUAC